UCUUUCUUGCUAUUUUGAAACAUUGCUGCUUUCAGGGGAACAAAUUCUCUUCUGUAGGUGUGGUGAUCCUCUAUCUCUCGUAUUGCCCUGGGUUUUGCUUAUGAUGGAAGGUCAUAGCAAUGAACUGGGACGGGCCAACACCUUGAAGAAAGGAGGUCUUCGACCAAUCCCGGUCAUCAUCGCAAAUGAAGUAUCUGAACGAAUUGUGAGCGCAUCAGUUACUGCAAACCUUAUUAUCUACCUUACAACAAAGUAUCACCUCGGUGCUGCAAGUAGUGCAAUCAUCAUCUUUGUGUAUCAAGCAGCUGCAAAUUUUUUGCCUGUGUGUGGUGCAAUUGUGUCUGAUGCACUAUUGGGUCGUUACCUGAUGGUUACAUUAACAUUGUUCUCCUGCACAACUGGGACUUUUAUGCUAUUCCUAACAUCACUAAUUCCAAAAUUAACACCCCCAGAUUGUGGUCUUUCAAAUCAAGGUUGUACUUCGCCAUCUCCACUACAACUGUUUGUUCUGUGUGCCUCUCUUGGUUUCAUGUCGCUCGGAGCGAGUGGUGUUCGCCCCUGCUGUCUUGCCUUUGCUGAGGAUCAAAUUGCUCAUUGGGACGAAGCCCAAAAGGACCGUGCACUCCGUGGUUUGUUCAGCUGGUACUAUGUAUCGGUCGGCUUCGCGCAGAUAGUGGCUGUUACCAUCCUCGUCUACUUUCAAGAUCAGGUGGGUUGGAAGGUUGGGUUUGGGAUUUCAGCCGCCGUUAUGCUAUCCAUCACACUUGUGAACUUGGCAGCAUCACCCUUCUAUGUGAAGAUGAAGCCACAGAGGAGUAUAUGGAUCAGCUUACUGCAAGUGGUUGUUGUGUCUCUUAAGAACCACCACCUGGUACUUCCGAAGACAUAUCAGAGUGCUCAGUUCCAUAAUGCCUCGGGAUUAAGAGAGCUAGUUCCAUCUGAAAAAAUGAGAUUCUUGAACAAAGCAUGCAUUCUGAGAUACCAUGCAACCAAUGUGAGCGAUGGAGCAGGCAGAACUAACUCAUGGAACAUCUGUACCGUGGAGCAAGUGGAGAACCUCAAAUCUGCACUCAGCGUGAUACCGAUGUGGUCAGCAAUGAUAAUGACCUUCCUGAUACAAAGCUCAUCCUUCGGGGUACUACAAGCAGCCACCAUGGACCGGCGAGUUGGCACAAAAAAGUUCCAACUACCGGCGGGCUCUAUCUCAAUCUUUGAGAUCAUAACCUUCACGAUAUGGUCAGGCUGCUAUGACCGGUACAUUGUGCCAUUUCUUAGAAGAAUCACAGGUAGGCAGCAGGUGCUAACCCUUAAGCAACGGAUGGGCAUUGGUGUGUCCUUGUCCAUUGCAUCCAUGCUUGUGGCAUCAGCAGUGGAGACAUACAGAAGGAAGGUUGCGGUUAAGGGAGGGUUGCAGCACGAUGCUAAGGGAACAUUGGAAAUGUCUGUGCUGUGGCUGGCACCUCAGUAUGUCAUAAUAGGCCUUGCAGGCGCAUUUAGCUCCAUUGGGCAGAUCGAAUUCUAUUAUGCGGUGCUUCCCAAGUCCAUGGGGAGCUUUGUGCUAGCAUUGCUCUUCUUCGGUGCUGGUGUCGCAAGCAUCAUUGCAACAUUAGUGAUCAAGGCCAUCAACCUGAUCACCGGUAGAAAUGGCAUGGCACCAUGGCUGUCCAAUAACCUAAAUGAGGGUCACUAUAACUAUUACUACUUCCUUCUUGCUGUCCUUGGUGCCAUUGACCUGAUCUAUUUCAUAGUUUGCUCUUAUGUUUUCGACGAAAGGACACAAAACAUGUCCCUGGAAACUAGUGGUGAUGCAAAAGACAUGGUAGAGUUUCAAGGCUAGCUCAAGCAAUGGUAGUGCAAAUUAGUGCAAAAUAUAAGAUGUGGCUUAGUUGUUCUUGGUAUGUUUUAUGUAAAUGCUUGAACCUUUGUAUUUCAUCAAUGUUAUAUGCUAUAUAAUUCGGAGCCCUCUAAGCUUUGCUCUAUUGUAACUAUGGUUAAUUAAAGUUUCAACAAUGACUCGGUUCUAGUGAUGCAUAUGCAGAACAAGAUAGCAUGUAGAAUACAAAUAACAAAAUAUCCUCAAAAUGCAUGUUCAGUGUUGAACAUAUA